AUGAAUUUACUUGUCACUCUUUUGUAUUUGUUAAUGUUGUCCGUAAAGUUACGAAAACGCGUGUUUUGGCCGCGAGUUUGCUCGGAUUUUCUGAACGCAAAACUUUCAAACAAUGCGUUUGGCAAAACUCACAGCAUACCGAAACUCGGGGCACGUGAGUUUUCCACGAGUUUCACAUCCGCCUGA